AUGGUUGAUGUUCUUCAUUCAUUUGUGGAUGUUAAUCAACGAUUUAAUCAAUUAGCAUUUGAUUCUCUUUAUAUUCAUGAUCUUAAUAUGACUACUAUUAUGGACAUCAGUUCAUUGUACGAUCAAACUUCUUUAAUAGAUCCUAAAGUUCUUUCAAGAAUUUGUGAAAAAAUCUUACCUCAAAUUCAUGAUCAAAUAUAUAAACUUACUGUUGAAGAAUAUUCAAUCAAUCAAAUUCUUCUUGCUUCGAAUUAUCCUAAAAUAUAUUCAUUAUCACUUGUAAAUUUUCAAGAAGUAAUAUUUUAUCAAUAUUUAAUGGAUAAUUUAAUUCUUCGUAAUCUUAUCAAACAAAUAACACAUCUUAAUAUUGAUAUUAAAGAGACAACAGAACAUUGUUCGGAAAUUGGUUCAAAAAUUUUUGCAUUAAUCUUAUCUUUAUUUGAUUGUCUUUAUUUACUUGAUGGACCGCUCAUUUGUUUAUCAACAUUAAUUAUUAAUGUAUCAUCUACUUUUUGUCCAUUACAAUACAUAAAUCCAACAGUAAGUGGUAUGUUUCAUAAAGUUCGACAAUUGAAAAUGAGUGAUGCAAUUCCUUUUGAAGAUAAUUUAUUUAAACUCAUCUCUCAAAACUUUCCUUUUCUCGAAUUUUUAUAUAUAUCUAAUGAUUAUCCACAAAAACAUAACCAACAUUCAUCAACAUCAAUCAUAUUUCCUUAUCUUAAAUUUCUUGAUCUAAAAUGGGCACAUAUUGAUUAUGCUGAACUAUUUCUUUUGAAAAAAAAUAUGCAUUUAUCUCGUUUAUCAAAUCUCUUCAUGAAAUAUGAAUCACUCAUAACGAUAACAAACAAUUUUACUAAUGAUGCAACACAAUUUAAUUUUGGAAAUUUUCAUCUUCAUAUAACUGCACCAUUUACGUCAACAUUUAUUGCAUAUCAUGAAACAGCUACACAACCAAUAUCAAAAUCUCCUUCGAAAAAUGAAUCUUAUACAAAACAACGUUAUUUUCAACGACUUCAAAAAUCAUUGGUUCGUCAUCGUUCACGUUCUUCAUUUUAUUCAAGCAGUAAUUCUCCUAGUUCAUCUCGUAAUCGAAGUCGUAGUCAUCGACAAGUAAAAUCUCCAAGUCGAUAUAAUUGUUCACAACGAUAUUCAUCAUUCUAUCAAAAUCGUUGA